AUGUUCAAGGUAAUUCAGAGGUCUGUGGGGCCAGCCAGCCUGAGUCUGCUCACCUUCAGAGUCUCUGCAUCACCUAAAAAGGACUCACCUCACAAAACUUCUGUGAAGGUUAAUGAGCUUUCACUCUACUCCGUCCCUGAGGGUCAAUCUAAAUAUGUGGAGGAGCCAAGGACCCCACUUGAAGAAAGCAUUUCACAUCUCCGACGUUACUGCGAGCCAUAUACAAGUUGGUGUCAGGAAAUGUACUCACAAACUAAGCCCAGGAUGCAGAGCUUGGCUCAAUGGGGGUUAGGCAGCUAUGAAUAUCUCCAAAAUGCACCUCCUGGACUUUUUCCAAGACUUGGUGUUACUGGUUUUGCUGGCAUUGUUGGACUUCUUUUGGCUAGAGGUUCAAAAAUAAAGAAGCUGGUGUAUCCACCUGGAUUCAUGGGACUUGCUGCCUCUCUUUAUUAUCCACAACAAGCCAUCAUAUUUGUCCAGGUCAGUGGGGAGAAAUUAUAUGACUGGGGUUUAUGA